GGGCAAGUCAGGCUCUGGGGCCGGCAGAAAUCCUCGUGUGAGGGCCCCGCCGAGGGGCCUGGUCACAGGGCUGCAGCUGAGCGCAGGGGCUGCUUGGGACUACUGCUCGGGCGCUGCAGAUCAAAGCCAAGAGAUAGAUGGCAGUGGAGGUAAACUUCAGCACACAUGUGGCCAAGUGGCAGCCGAGCCGAGUGAUGGACGAUCUACAGUCCCAGAACCUCGCCAUGGACAUGAGCGACUCCUCCCCCGCCUUGACCAAUAACAGACUGGAGAAUGGCAUGGCCCAGCUGAUCACCACCGAGGCCUGGAACAUCAACUCCACCGACCUGGUAAAGAAGGCGCUGGUGACCGUGCCAGCCCCGUCCAUCCUGAACCCCCCGGCCGAGUCCCAGAGCGGCGUGGCUCUCAAGGUGGCGGCCACCGUGCUGCAGCCCCUGUGCCUGGGGGAGAGCCCCGUGGUGAUGCCCAUUCACAUGCAGGUGGAGGGCAGCUCGGCGCCUGAGCUCAACCAGAGCGGCAACGCCACGUACGUGAUGACAGCGCAAGGGCCCGUGCAGCUUCCAGUGGUGCUGGAGCAGCACGUGUUCCAGCACCUCAACUCCCCGCUGGUCCUGCCGCCGGAUGCCCCGGGCUCCUCCGGCGCCAUCCACAACAACCUCUUCCAGGGGGCCCGGGACCCCGAGGCGCAACCCCAGCUCCUGGAUCUGCGGAUCCCCAGCCAGCCGCAGGAGCCCCCGCUGCCCUUCGAAGCCGUGCUCCACAAUCUGUUUCCUGCCCAGGGCGCGCUCGGCCCCCCGCCCUGCCAGCCUCCCCCAGGCUAUGCCCCAGUGCCCCCCCAGCCAUUCAACUCCCCCUUGUCACCCCUGGUCCCGCCGGCCACGCUCCUGGUGCCCUACCCGGUGAUCGUGCCCCUGCCCGUGCCACUCCCCAUCCCCAUCCCCAUCCCUGUGCCUCAGAGCUCCGAAGCCAAGUUCAGCCCGACUUGCCCCAAGCCGCCAUCUGCCUUUGGCCUCCACCCCUUUAAAGGCCCCCAGAGCCCUCUCCAGAAGGAGGAAGUAAAGCCCUUCGACCUGUUCCAGCCCCGGGAGUACUUCCAGCUCGGCCGCCACACUGUCAUCAAGAUGGGGAGUGAGAACGAGGCCCUGGAUCUCUCCAUGAAGUCAGUGCCCUGGCUCAAGGCUGGCGAAGUCAGCCCCCCAAUGGGCCAGGAAGACACAGCCCUAGACCUGUCACUGGCCGCCCACCGGAAACCUGAACCUCCCCCCGAGACACUGUAUGACAGCAGCGGGUCCGUGGACAGCCCAGGUCACCCGGUGCUGGAGAAACUGCCCAGUGGCAUGGAAGUGCCCUUUGCCCCCGCCACGAUACAGGAGGCUGCAUCUGUCAUGGAGAGUCACGGGGGUGGCAGCGAUGCCACCGAGCUACCCAGCCAGCCCAGUGGCGAGGUCAAGGCUGGAAAUCACAUGGAGAUGGUGAGCGAGUCCCAGGCGGCCAAGGUGAUCGUCUCCGUCGAAGACACUGUGCCUACCAUCUUCUGUGGCAAGAUCAAAGGCCUUUCGGGGGUGUCCACCAAGAACUUCUCCUUCAGACGAGAAGACUCCAUGUUUCAGGGCUCCGACACCAACAGCCCAGGAGAAGAGGCCCUGGGAAACAUGGAGGCCCUCAGGAAACCCACCAAAAACCGGAGCAUAAAGUUAAAGAAAGUGAACUCCCAGGAAAUACACAUGCUCCCAAUCAAAAAACAACGGCUGGCCACCUUUUUUCCAAGAAACGCCGAAGCCGAGAACCCACGCUUAAAGCAUUUCUCAAUGGACAGAAGUGACGCACCUGGAAGAAGAGACCAGCGCGAAGUCAUCCACACCAACAAGGAACUCGUGCAGGACAGCAGGGCACGCGCGGACCGCAGGUGCUGGCCGGCUGGCUUCAUCCACAAGCUGACGGACAGCAUGAAACGGCCCCCAGCCUCCAGGCAAGUGUCUCCUCACCGCCCGGCCGGGCCCAGCCCCAGGGGCACCUCUGGGCAGGUCUUCCCCAGCUCCCUUCCUCGCAGGCUUCUCUGA